AGCAACAAGCUGCCAUCUGCGGAGUAACGCUAUUUCUCCAUGGCCAUUGUUAAUUCUCCCCGGUAAGGCCGUUGACCGGGCCCAAACCAUUCAUGGGGGUGCUCUGUUGGCAAAUGGACAGGGAGGGGGCGUGGGAUUCCCCCUGGUGGUGGCCAUGACACCCCCCUCCCCCCGUUGCAAUGCCCAGUCCAACACCCUGGUCGGUACCAUCCUUGUCGCGGGCCUUGCUCCUCUGUUGUCCACUUACAUGCAUGUUCCUUGCCGGCCAUUCACACUCUAAAUCCCCCCCAGCUAACGGUGCUCUUGCCCUGACCAGGCCCCUCCGGCACCACCACGGCACUGUGGGGAUGUUCUGCCCUGCCUCUUCUCAAACUUAUAAGCUUAGCACGUCCGGAUCUUCUCCACGAACUUUGAGGCUGAGGUGCAUUUGACAUUCAAGCUACCCCAAAGAUAGAUCUACGGCGUUGUGAAAUCUUGUUACCUAGUCGCCGCCU